AUGAUCGUCGUUAAUUUGGACGAGAUAAUCCAAUACAAACCGCCCCAUCCAAGUCCUCAAUCCAGCAUACCCCAUAAAUUCGAGUCUGCCGUAUCUGGCUCUAUACAACCCACUUCAAACAUAGAUGCGUUCGCUCCUCAGACUCCUUCAUGUCCUUCAUAUCCUUCAUCUUCCCCGUUCUCUGUUCCCUGGCCACAGAAAGUCUAUCACCAGAUUUCCCUUCCAUCAUUGCUCGGUGACAAUGAAUCUGAGCCGUCCCCCACCAUCGACCAUCCCAAGCAUGUGGCCGUUGGGUACCAGAACGAGUUCGAUCAUGAGCUGCCAAUUGUUGAUUUGACGGAAGGCGACAGUGAGGCUGGUUUAGAUUUGUAUCUUCCAGAGUCCGCCUUGCAAGAUGAUCGUGCCAGCUGUAUUCCAACCCCGCAACCCGGUGACUGGCGUGCUGAAGAGCACAAGGAUAGCGACUGUUGUGAAAGUAGUCCAACGGCGAUUUUCACAGAUCCACUCGGGUAUCAAGACGCCCUUGCUUCUUCGCUAGCUCUAGAGUCCGGAUCAUCAACGAUGUGUACUCAGCCGAUCAUUCCAGCGACAGCUCAAGCAGCUAUUGCACAUGAGGCCCGGAUCAUGACCGGUGAUGAAGCAGCGCAGUGCCGAGCUGUCAACUAUGGUAUAGCGGAAACUAGCACAACGAUCAAUGAAAGAACUGCCGCAAGCGUGAAUUGUAUGGACGAUCAAUCAAGGUCACCUUUUCAUGACCUUGACACUCCGGUCGAUGUUGUUGACCUUGAAAAGAAUACAACAUCUACUAAGCCCCCAGCUAGCGACCUAUCAGAGGCUACAGAAACCGAGCAACCUAUCAUCUACGAUGGGUUAAUAGUUGAAGGGAUUUCUGAACAUUCCAGGAACAAUACAGCCCCUUCAUAUCGUCCUAGUGAAGUGCAACAAAAUGACGAAAAAGGCUGCCUGGCACCUCCUGAACACGGCGAGAAUGACACAACAGCGAGUAUUGCUCCACUUUUACUACAACACGAAAAACAGACAAUGCCUCCACCCAGGGUGGAGCACUCUCCGAGGAUCAAUUCGAGGCCUUGCUCCGUUUCAGUAGUUGUGCCCCCUCCAUGCUUCCAAAAACCAGGAAGGAACCAACCAACUCCAAAGUCUCAAGCUAAGCGCACAAAGAAAAGAAAGAGGAGGAUCCAGGCUUGUGGCCAUGAUGGCAGCGAUGACAGCGAUGACAGUGAUUAUGUGGAACAAAGUGAUAUGGAACCUAUCGAGCUUCCGCAACAGACCCACAAGCGGGUCAAGGUGGCGAAACUUUCUCCUGCGCGUCCUGGACACAGAACUAUUCGUUGCUCUGCACCCAAAGUGGCCCAGCUCGAGAUUUCCGAAAAUCAAGCCAUCCACGCAAAUAUGCACGACUCUGAAACCAUUGCCGUUCGAGGCUUUCUUACGCGGGAGAUAUUUCUGUCCAAAGUAGUAUACUCAGUUACUAUUGAAGAGCAAAGAGAAAAUAAUUGUCCGCAUGGCCCAUGGAAAUCGCUGGAAGAUCUUGAUGAUGCACCCGGCCCCAGCAAUCGACCGUCGAGGCCGGCCAGCCACAACAAGGUGCAAACGAAGCAUACUUCAGAAGGCUCUCGUUUCUUACCAGAAGAAGAUAUGUUACUGGUUGAGCUAAAAGAGCGAAGCUGUCUACCCUGGCGCCAGAUUGCAAAUCGUUUCCCAAAAAGGUCGCAAAAUGCUCUCCAGGUGCAUUAUCAUACAAGACUUAAGAAUCGAAACCACAUGGGCCUAAACAAAGCUGGAAAGCAAAGCGUUCAGCCUGCAGCGACGAGGAAAUCAUCCAGCACAGCGACGUUUGGUACAACAUCGAAGGAGCGCUACGGGUCCCCGAGAGCCAGGCGCCCUGUUAUCCGCUAUUCGCCGGCUUGA